CCCNUCCAAGGUCCCCCCGUUAACCAUUGCUCUCCAUAUGCACGUUCCCCCCUCCGAUAGACUAAGUUGCAGUUUACAUUUUUGGCGCUGACAAGUCACGCGAGGAACGCGUGAGGAAUGCUCAUCCCGUCUCGCAAAAUGCGGGGAAAAGGAUCGUGCUCGGUCCUGAUACCUUGCUCUGAUUGGAAGUGGUCCCUAGAGGUCCCCAGUGGUAGAUCCCGUGGAACGUUCUCCCUAAUCUCGCUUCGGCAAGCUUUCUCCGAGCAGGGUGAUGCAGCAUGAAAUGCACACUGAUUGGAUGGAUAAUCAGCGCUUCCCGGGCUCGUGCAGCGGAUGAUCAGGGUCCCCAAUUUGGUGGAUAAGGGAAUUGGAGGGGAGAUUGGGGACGGAAGGGAUCAGACUUCGCUUGGCACUUGAUAACGACCAGGAAGGGUGAGGGUGGGGGAUUCCAUCUUCUUUUUUUUUUCGAGUCACAAGCGAUUCGGAGAAGAAAAAGGUUAAUGAACCAACGGGUUAUGACGACGAUUGCUGCUGCGUGCGAUCGUUGCUUGUUUCACUCGCCAGUCUUUCUUUCUCGUGGCUCGGCCGGGAUGCGAACCAAGGUGGCUGGCAAGCGAGCUUCGCGCGCGGGGUCCUCCUUCUCGUCGGGUCCAGUAUCGUGAAGUCGACUGGCUUUGGCUGUGUGAAUUCCGUAGCGCUGAUGGCGCGAAGCACAUUGUCCCAAUUGGCAAGCACGCAUGCAACCGCUGGUUCGAAUCAGUUUGGGUGCCCGCGGUCGGGGGACAGAUAGAAAGUGAACUGACCUUCGGUGCCAUCCUUCAACGUGGCAAUCUUGCUCUCCAGCGCCUGCAUUUGCAUGGCCAACGUCCCACUCAAAUCCCGUAGCUGGCGGAGGUUUUCGAGUUCGGCCUUUUUCGCGGCAAUGCGCGUCGACAGCGCGGACGAGGGUUGGGAGGCCGGUUGACGAAGCCCAGCACCGGGGAGCAUGGAGGUUGGACGUGACGAGUACGCCAUGGUAAAGGCAAGAUAAAAAGGAUCUCGCCAGUCCGCAGUACCCAAACAACCCCCCAAAGUCCAGUCAGGCAUCCCGCCGAGAGGGUGCUGAGUCAGCCAGAAAAAUGGGUCUAGUCCCAAUAGGGACAAACAUCAACAGUCCUGUUUACACUUUACACUUCGCCCAACUUGCGACCGUCACUCCACUUCUUUGCGGCCCUUCAACAAUAUGGCCCGGCUCAACGACUUUGCUGCUCCGGCAGAGUCUGUCGAAGCUUUGAAACGGCGAUUCGUACGACAAAACCGGGACAUCGUGCGGGUGAAUUCUAUGCAAUCUCUUCGCAUCCGCAGCUUGGAAUCGGAAGUCUCACACCUGUUGGCCGAAAAUGUUUCUCUGCGCGAACAAAUCAUCAACCUCACUCAGGAGAACGAACGAUUCGAGUCCGCCAAAAUGCUGCACGAGGGAAUCUAUGAAAUCAAGUCCCGCCUAGAUGCGAAAUUGGCGGAAUUGAGUAGCCUGGCUUCGGAAUUAGGGAUGUUGCCUCGCAAAGUAGGCAGGCCAGGGGGAGAUAAGACUGGAACCGACUCCGACCGGCCCAGAGCCACUGCAGAGUCAAAGCCGCGAACAACGGACUCGGAAUUCAAUGCAGGUCCCGAGGAUGGAAGGCUUCCGGCAAUCGUGGAGGACAAGUAUUACCCUCGAAGAACACUCGAACAACAAGAAAUUCAGAACCUCCACGCCGAGUCCAGCUUGGAAUCACCACGGAAUGAUCAUUCAAUGCGCGAAGAUCGAGUUCCGAUUACGGAAAGCCCAAGGCCCGAGCUGAACGAUGCACUAUCGGAAAGUGGCAUAGACAACAGUCCCUUGCACGGUGAAACCGCCCUGCCACCGACGCUCGAGACUCGGAAGAAGAAAAAGAAGAUCGACUCGGCAACUCCUGCAUAUGAACCAUCGCCCCAGAACGAACGACCAUUGACAACGAAUCAACCUCGCGAGCCGACGAAAUCAGGAUCGAAGCGUAAAUUUAGUCCAGACGAGGACGGGCCUUUGGCAGAUCCCGCAACAGAGGAUGACGAUUUCCAGUUUAGCCGCCCUGGUGGAAGCCCUCAGAAAAAGGCGGAUCUCUUUGAUUUUAUGCUCCAGGACCUUUCACCCAGCAAAACGCCCGUGGGCGUGAAACGAGGAUCUGCCCAAUCUGGAAUCACCAAGCGCAAGGUCCUUGAACCAAAGAGUUCAAAUUCCAAUCUAGGCUCCCCCAGGAAGAUGAGGGGUUCUUUGAAUCCAGACAACAAAGGUCUUCCAAGAUCAGGUGCAGAUGAAAACACACGCUCGCCUCAGAAAUCUAAAGAGAUCGAUAUUCAGAACCCGGGAACGUUGAAUCAGAAACCCCGCGUUGCACGACUAGGUGGUGUCUCACAGAAACCAAGGCGCGUCGGUCGGCCUCUUGAAACGGAAGAUUCUUUCGAGCCCGGGCCGAAGGCCACAUUCCCAACGGACUCACCAGUCGCAAAGGCAGGGGACCCAGCCUUUGGGAUGUCGGAUAUGAACGCUGCUUCUCGCCCUUCCCGGCGUCGUGGGGCUGUGGUCAGCUAUGCAGAGCCUAACUUGCGAGUCAAGAUGCGUCGUCCGUCCAAAACCAUGAUUGAUGCCGUGGCUGGAGCCGAUCCUCGCCGGUCAUCGAGUUUCCAACUUGCCCGGGAUAGCCUCGGCAACGAAUUGGACACUUCACAAUCGAGCGCCAGCCCUCAUCCGUCCUCGAACGCAACCCGCCCUGCCGAUUCGGUUCUAUCAAGCCAGGCCGCCGACCCGUUCGCUCAGGAUGACGACUCGGAUCAGUUACUGACAAGGGUCUCUCGGCGGAGACGAAAGGUAUCAUCAUCAAACUCGGAUGCUUCAGACUUGGUCGAUCUGUCGACAGCACUAGGGCAAAGGCUGUGCUCAAAGGGGCCAUCUCGACGGCAUUCCUCGAACCCCAAGAGCACCUCCCUCGACACGUUACGCCGUGAGGCAGAGGUGGCCAGCGAUAUAGACAGCAGCUUCGAAGCCGACGACACGGCCUACCGGAUGGAGACUCGAGUUGCAGCGAGGAGAAAGAGUAUGAUGGUUUAAUUGGCAGGAGUUCCCGGUGCUAUGGGCCCUGGAUUGGGCGCGGAUUAAAAAUUAAAGACUGUAUUUACAUUAGCAUGCGUUGGUCGCAGCCCCCGUACAGAUACCCCUUUUCCAUUUCUUCUUCGUUUUAUUUCCAUUCAGCGAGAUUUGCUUGUCAAUUGAACUAUUUGGUUUUGUCUUGGGUCCUCGAAGUGCAUUCAUUGUAGACACGAUGGGUGGGAACAGUUGGCAUGACUAGACACUCGAAGCCGGGCACCGUGGUGACCCCAUCGGUCACCAGUCCUCGUUCACAUGGAAAUUAAAUUUCUUCUCUGCUUGGAACACGCCGUCCAGUUGUCAUCGAGGCGUGUCUCUCCCGUGGCGAGAGUGAUUCGAGGUACGAGCAAGUGACCCGGCUCUUGCUUUCGCUGGUUGUCUACACAUAUUGGGGUAAUGGCAACCCUCUAUCGCCAUUUUGUCACCAUCCGACGGUCUCGAAAUAUGAGAUUUUAGCCCGUGGCGACGAGUCUUGCAAAUAGAGUAGCAUGCGACCUUUGUGCAACCGUGCGGGCCGUGAUCUAGAAGGCGGGGUAAAUCCUCAAGUGCCCCGCGGCUGGGGAUUCUUCGACGGCUUGGGCAUCUUCUCAUAUGCAUUCGGGCUGGGCUUCCUCCUCCUGCGUUUCACCUUCUGGUGGUGGUCGGAACAGCAUGUCGCCGAGUCUCCAUCGGGAGACUGGUCAGCCUGAUUGUCGCCCGACGGCCUGCGUCCUCGUGCGUGGGAAUGACGUGCGUGAUGGGCCAUGUGGCUUCGAUUAUCGGCUUCGCUUUCGCUGUCUGACUCGGAUGAGCUGGAGGAUGACUCGGAUUCGGAACUGCUUUCGCCCACGGGUCGGGCUUUGUGGUAGAUGCAACAGACUGUGUGAGAGGGGUGGGGUUGGUCAGUACGGGCUGCUGG